GGGCAUUUGGGGGGCGGUCCCGGGACGGGAUAUGAGACGCCUGGCCGGCCCCGCCCGAGCCCGUCUCGGCUGCUGCUUUCCCCCUGCUCAGUCCGAGGCUUCGACGGGAUCCUGCCAGGUAAGAAGGGCGUCGAGGAGCGGGCCCAGGAGAUUUUGGGGGCGCUGGGGGGGUUGGCCGACCUUCCACACCCCACCCCGAGAAUGGUGCCACUUUUGGGGUUCCUUUCUCCAGCCCACCACCCAGCUGUCGGUGUUGAGAGACGGUUCCAAAAAGGGGAACCGUCUGAAUUUUGUUUUUGGAGGAUGGGGGUCUCUGGUCCAGGAGGGUGGGAUUUGCCAGCUCCAAACCCCCGCCGUCUGCGAUGACCUCCCGGCGGCGGAGAUUUGAGGGGUCCUCCUCCUGCCCCCGGUUUGGGCAUCUGCGCCCUCGAGGGGCGUGGAGGAGUUGGCUAAAGAGACCCCCGCCAAGAGCGCAUCUGGCUCAGAGCUGACUUCUCCGAAGCUUGCAGAAGCCGUCCAGGGUCAGCCGAGCCCAAACCAAAAAGGAGCCGUAGAGAAAAAGAGCCUUUGACGUCUCCUCUGCCCCCUCCCCAGCCCCUGUCAACGUCUGAAUAUGUGGGUUUGUCAAACUGAAUCCGUAGCCUAUUUCACAGCAUGGAGCUCUGCCACCCUGCGAGGGUGAUUCAUCCCCGUCAGAUAUUAAAUCCACACGCAUGGAUCUUGCAAGUUACAUAAGGAGAGGCUGCAGGAUCAGGCCCAUAGCCCAUCCAUGCUCUAACCCAACUCCCUAGAGACUGCGAUCUACUCACAGAGUUUAAACUGGCAGUGAUCUACCCCCUUUUUUGGGGACUUCGGGUCAAAGUUGUUGAGUUUUUUCAGGGAGGAGAUAAAAUGUUGAGCUAUUUUUAGGGGAGCCACAGUUGUUCAGUUUCUUUGGGGGGAGCCAAUGAUCUACCAGUGAUCUACCGCAGACGUCCAGUGAUCUAGUGGUAGAUCAUGAUCUACCUGUUGGACAUGCCUGCUCUAACCAGCUGAGCUAUCCAUGGAUUAGACAAACGAGCAGGGGACAAAAUGUUGGUUCUGCUCCGCCUGCGGAUUUGGAGACAGCCAUGCUUCGGAGGUGCUUCGGAUUGGACCUGCGACCCUCUGAAUGCCCAGCCUGUGCUCUAGCCACUGGCACUGCGGCGCCAGUCCCCAAAGCUGUGGGGUGCACCAUCAGGUUGCCCUUUCACAUCCCGCUACAGCUGGCCAGCAGUGGGUCGGACUCUGUGUCUCCUGCAGAGGCAGGGCAGGAUGUUAGGCACAGCAAGGAGAGUGGAAGCCCAGAAUGCAGAAUUGUAAAGUAAUGGUUGUUUUGUGCUCAAAUCUACGCGGAAUGGGGUUGGUGUGUAGGAGAAAAAAAGGACAGAUUUAGGAGUGGUGCAGAAAUAUUGAACUGUGACUCUGGAUUUGGCUUUUUGCACAAGUUGGCAAGCAGCCAAGCAGCGAAAAGGCUUCUGCAAUCAUGCAGAAUAUUUUAAUCCUGCCUGCAACAGCCUCUUCUGUCUCUUUCAGAAGUUGCUGUUUAAGUAAGGUAAAAGGUAAAGGUAAAGGACUCCUGGACGGUUAAGUCCAGUCAAAGGCGACUAUGGGGUUGUGGCGCUCAUCUCGCUUUCAGGCCGAGGGAGACAGCGUUUAUCCGCAGACAUGUGGCCAGCAUGACUAAGCCACUCCUGGCGCAAUAGAACAUGGUUACAGAAACCUAGUUGCUGUUUACCUUCAGUUAGGUCACAUCUGCACCGAUAGCUUAUAGGUAGCAAACGUUUGCUUUUUCUGCAUCCAGUAGAAAUCCAUAGCACCGAUACUGAGAACCAGCUGGGUGCGGUGACUGUGCUGUAAUUGAUAAUCGCAGUUCAUAUCCUGUGUUUAUGUCCAAGAUCCAAAAUGGCUUACAAUCCAGAUUCCUGUUUAGUAACACUUGCAGAGAGUCUUCCGUCUGUAUGGGCGGAGGCAGUGAUACUUCUGCAAGUCAGUUGCGUGAGACCACGGGAGGGCACGGUUUCCCCCUCCCAUUGAACCCUUGGCUUGGCCACUGUGGGAACUGGAUGCUAGACUUGGUGGCCCACUGGCCUGAUCCAAGAGGCUCCUCUUAGGGCGCAACUAUCAUAGAACAAAGGGACGUGGGUGGCGCUGUGGGUUAAACCACAGAGCCUAGGACUUGCCUAUCAGAAGGUCGGCGGUUCGAAUCCCCGCGACGGGGUGAGCUCCUGUUGCUUGGUCCCAGCUCCUGCCAACCUAGCAGAUUCAAAGCAUGUCAAAAGUGCAAGUAGAUAAAUAGGUACCACUCCGGCGGGAAGGUAAAUGGCGUUUCCGUGCGCUGCUCUGGUUCACCAGAAGCGGCUCAGCCAUGCUGGCCACAUGACCCGGAAGCUGUACGCCGGCUCCCUUGGCCGAUAAAGCGAGAUGAGCGCCGCAACCCCAGAGUCGGCCACAACUGGACCUAAUGGUCAGGGGUCCCUUUACCUAUACCUGUAAUAGAACAACAAAACAACAACAACACCACAAACUGGCUUAUAAGUAUAAAACCAAAUUUACUAGAAUAAUAGCUAGAAUAGAGGUAGACUUGUAAACAUUUAAGCAACAAACAUACUAAGGUGCCAUGUGCAAAACAAAGCCUGGAGAUACUGUAAACAUGGAGUGGAUAAAUGUACAACUCUAUCUUAACAAGUGACAUGUGCAGUAAAUGUUAUACAGACUGGAUAAAUGAACCGUUCAACAAGUAGCGUAAGUCCAGUCACAGAACGGCAACCCUGUGCCGCUACAAGGGAAGGGUAGUGCACUGGAGAAUAUGAAAAAGUUUUUCAAAGCUGUUUUCCAAAGAUUGAACUGGAUGAGAUGUUCUUCAAUGGGUCUUGAGUUGGAAACACAAAGCCGUAUGCAUGGAUCAAUCACGGAAAGGCAAAUCAAAGCCACCACCCUGGUGAGAAUAACGCAAGUGGGCAAAAGGAGACCUGUUCUUCGGAUAUAUUACAGGUUUCGCUACACGCUUCAUCAGUCCGAAAAGCCAGUCAUACAAAACGGUUUGCUCAGGAUAAAGAAAGUAUUCCAGCUAUCAUAGAAACAACAGCAGCAAAGGGAGGAACUGCCUCUGGCCAUUUCAAAUCCCAUUCAUCAGCUCCGCCUACCUUUCAGGGUUGUUGUAACGAUAAGGUGGCGCUUGCUACAUCCAAGCAUUGAUGCUCACCGCAUCCAAAUAUGCCACCCUCAGCAAAAUGGGAAGAAAUGGCACGAUGUGCCUAGGACCCUCGUACCUAUGGGACCGCCUCUCCUGGUCUGCCCCGCAGAGGACCUUAAGGUCCAUGAAUAAGAAUAGCUUAAAGGUCCCAGGCCCUAAGGAAGCCAGACUAUCCUCCCCCAGGGCCAGGGCCUUCUCAGUGAUGGCUCCGACCUGGUGGAACGCUCUGUCCCACAAGACUAGGGCCCUGCAGGACUUGAUCUCCUUCCGCAGGGCCUGUAAGACAGAGCUGUUCCGCCUGGCCUUCAAUUUUAAUUAGCCUGAUCCUCUGUUCCCUUUUCCCUCUCCUCUUCUGUGAAGAAACCCUUUCUGGGACCUCACAUUUAAAUUCUUCCCUGGUCUCCUUGCUGGCCCUAGUAGGACCAACUUGGCCAGUUAGCCCUGGUGAUCAUUUGAUGUCUACUGACUGGGUCCCCCCACCCCCAAUGACCCCUGAAUUUUAGAAUUUUAUUGAUAUUGAUGCUGCAUUUUCUGUUGUGUUUUAUGCUGUUUUUAAGUCGCAUUUUCAUCAAUGUUUUAUAUUUGCUGUUAGCCGCCCUGAGCCCAGUUUUUAAAUGGGGAUGGGCGGGGUAUAAAUAAAAAAUUAUUAUUAUUAUUAUUAUUAUUAUUAUUAUUAUGCAUUUUUAUGUUGCUAACUGCCCUGAGGACUUCAGAUGAAGGGUGGUAGACAAAUUUAAUAAAUAAAAUAAAGGUUGGUAAUAACAAUAUAGUAGUGUUCAUGGCUGACCCCAGCUUGUGAGUGCAUUUUAUUUUGCAGAUAAAUGCAGUGCUUUUUUCCUGGGGGGACGCAGGGGUACGCAUACCCCCUAAACAUUUUGUGAAUCUUAAGUUUGGCCUCAUUGAGGGGCAGUAUUUCAAUAUGAGUAGGAAAAUGAGAGUACCCCUAAACAUUUUCUUUAGGGGGAAAAAGCACUGGAUAAAUGUAUUGGAUUGUAUUGUAUUUUGCAGAAUGCUUAGACAGCUAAAUGUGAAGAUAUCUAAGCAGUGUAUCAGAGCAGAGGGUUAAAAAAAAGAAGUUAACGGAAACUUUUGUGCGAUUUGAUUCUGGAGAGACUUCCUGGUUUACAGAGCUGCUCUGCUCCCCCCACCCCCCGUGACUCCCAGCUUUUUGUGCGGUGGCUUUUUCAUUUGCCACAAUGUCCACAUCCCUCCUUUUGAAAUGACAGCCGUGUGAGAAUAGAAGGCCCCUUUUUCUGUUUCCCCUUGCUUGGACAUGGGCGAGGCUCUGUAAUCCCUUGGGCAUUAUUUCUGCAUUGUAGAUCUGAACCCUGCCCAGCGCUGAUACUCAGCACCGCCUGUAGCCCUUGACCAUCCAGGGUGCUCCCAGCUGAGGAGGAGCCCAUACCUAUGGGGCAGGGUGGCUGCUUUGGGUGAAGAAGGACCCAGGUUGAGUCCCCAAUGGCCUCUCUGUUUCUUUCUUUCUUCUUUGGUGAUCACUCUUAGCUGAGUAAGAUUGUCUUCCAUAAACAAUGAGUCCAUAAGGGACUGUGGAGGCCAAUUCUGGACCCACACGUCCUUCCACAGUGGGGACAUAGGUUUCCGGGGGGAGCUGAUCACGGUGUGGAUUUGCCAAGCGUGCCUUCCUCUUAGCACGUUUCUCCCUUGCGUCCUGAGUUCAAGUGUCUUCAAAGCCCAUGACACCUUUGGUCAAGGCCGUUCUCCAGCUGGAGCGCUCGCAGGCCAGUGUUUCCCAGUUGUUGGUGUUUAUACUACAUCUUUUUAGAUUUGCCUUGAGAGAGUCUUUGAACCUCUUUUGUUGACCACCAGCAUUACACUUACCAUUUUUAAGUUUGGAAUAGAGUACAGUGGUACCUCAGGUUACAGACGCUUCAGGUUACAUAAACUUCAGGUUACAGACUCUGCUAACCCAGAAAUAGUACCUCGGGUUAAGAACUUUGCUUCAGGAUGAGAACAGAUAUCACGCGACGGCAGUGGGAGGCCCCAUUAGCUAAAGUGGUGUUUCAGGUUAAGAACAGUUUCAGGUUAAGAACGGACCUCCAGGACGAAUUAAGUUCUUAACCCGAGGUACCACUGUAGUUGCUUUGGAAGACGAUAAUCAGGCAUCUGCACAACAUGACCAGUCCAACGAAGUUGAAGAAUCAUCACUUCAACAUGGGUGAUCUUUGAUUCUUCCAGUACACAGUAGCGGGUGACAGACGAGACCCUUGAGAGCUGCUGUAAGUCAGAGUAAGCAACGCUGGGAGAGAUGGGCCACUGAACGUGACUCAACAGAAUAUGGCUUCAUCCAUUCAGCUCUGGUCUGAACUGACACACUCCUAAUGUAGCAACUGCUUUUCCAGGUUAGAACAAAGAUCCGUCUCGACACAUCUUGUUCAAAGCAGAAAAAUACAUAACAUAGUAACAAAUGAAAACAAUUACCCACACACCCCAGUUUAAUAGGCCUGUGAGGAAAGGAAUGUCUUUGCCUGGCGCCUAAAGACAUGUAACAAAGGCACCAGGUGAGCCACCCUGGGGAGAACAUUCCACAAACGGGGAGCCACUGCAGAAAAGGCCCCGCUCUCAAGUUGCCACCCUCUGGACCUCUCAUGGAGGACGGCACACAAAGAAGGGCCUCAAAUGAUGCUCUCUCUGGGGUCACUUUAGAGACGCAGUUCUUGAGGUUUUGCGGUCCUGAGCCAUUUAUAGGUCGGGUCAGAUUCUGAGUCAUAUGAGCAUAUGUCCCAGUGAGCAACCUGGCCACUUAAUUCUGUACCAGCUGAAGUUUCUGAACAAUCUUCAGAGGCAGCCCCAUGUAUGAUGUGUUGCAGUAAUCUAUCCUAGAGGUUACCAGAGCAUAGAGGAAAGAAGUUAGGCUGUCCCUGUCCAGAUGGGGGCACAGCUGGGCCACCAGCCGAAGCUGAUGGAUGGCGCUCAGCGCUGACAAGGCUUCGUGAGCAGUGCUGGAUUUACGCAUAAACUAAACAAGCUAUAGCUUAGGGCCCCACUCUCUUGGGGGCCCAAAAAAUUUUGAAGGAAAAACACCUGGAUGUACAUUUCCAAAAUAUAAGAUAAAAAACAAAUAAAAUAAAACCUAUGUACAGCAACAGUGUUUUGUGUUGUGUAUGCUCCUAUCAUGUAAGGCAUGGGUAGGCAAACUCAGGCCCGGGGGCUGGAUCUGGCCCAAUCACCUUCUAAAUCCGGCCUGCGGACGGUCUGGGAAUCAGCGUGUUUUUACAUGAGCAGAAUGUGUCCUUUUAUUGAAAAUGCAUCUCUGGGUUAUUUGUGGGGCCUGCCUGGUGUUUUUACAUGAGUAGAAUGUGUGCUUUUAUUCAAAAUGCCUCUCUGGAUUAUUUGUGGGGCAUAGGAAUUCGUUCAUUUUAUUUUUUUCCAAAAUAUAGUCCAGCCCCCCACAAGGUCUGAGGCACAGUGGACUGGCCCCCUGCUGAAAAAGUUUGCUGACCCCUGAUGUAAGGUAAUGGGCCCCGCCUGCUAGCCUGCUCCCUAAGGACAAAGGACAGCUGGACAUAGAAAGGGCCCCAUUACCUUCAGUAGUUUAGGGUCUCAUCAAACUUAAAUCCGGCCCUGUGCAUCAGCCUCAAGCGAAAUGGAGGCUCUGUUUUAUUUAUUUAAUUCUAGUUUUCCUCUCCCAGUUUUCUAGCAUGGGGCAGAUUUUCAAAGCAGUGAAAGACAUAAGGAAAGCAUUAAGAACAGGCAGCAAUAACAGCGAGAUAGUCAUGCAGAAACAAAACCAUGCAACCCUUUUGAUCUCGGCUGCCUGAAAUUGUGUUGAAGGCAAGGGAGUUAAUUGCCUGUUUCGUGCUUCAGAGGCCCAAAGAGAAUGGGAUUCUGUUGUCUAAAUAGUUGGUGUUCCAAGAGGGCUGCCAUUAUCAGAGUUUUGAAGCCUCCUGAUUUGUGUUUUGUAAAGGCAUUCUUUGCUUCCAGGAGAGUAGCCUGGGCUUGCCUUCACCAGCAUGGACUUGGUUCUUGAAAGGGCAUAGUAAUGGCAGGGAGGGAUGAUGAGGACGGAAGAAGGAGCAUAUUCAGAAAGAUGCAGUGUUCUUUCCAUUGUUGACAUUGCACAUAGUCCUACAGUAAGGUGCUUUAACGCAUGGGGACGCGGGUGGCGCUGUAGGUUAAACCACAGAGCCUAGGGCUUGCUGAUCAGGAGGUUGGCGGUUCGAAUCCCCGCGACGGAGUGAGCUCCCGUUGCUCGGUCCCUGCUCCUGCCAACCUAGCAGUUCGAAAGCACGAAGUGCAAGUAGAUAAAUAGGUACCGCUCAGGCGGGAAAGUAAACGGCGUUUCCGUGCGCUGCUCUGGUUCGCCAGAAGUGGCUUAGUCAUGCUGGCCACAUGACCCAGAAGCUGUACGCUGGCUCCCUCGGCCAAUAAAAUGAGAUCAGUGCCGCAACCCCAGAGUCGUCCGCGACUGGACCUUAAGGUCAGGGGUCCCUUUACCUUUAGGCAAACUAAGGCCUGGGGGCCAGAUCUGGCCCAAUCGCCUUAUAAUUCCGGCCCUCAGACAGUCCGGGAAUCAGUGUGUUUUCACAUGAGUAGAAUGUGUCCUUUUAUUUAAAAUGUAUCUCUGGGUUAUUUGUGGGGCAUAGGAAUUCGUUCAUUCCCCCCCCCCCAAAAUAUAGUCUGGCCCCCCACAAGGUCUGAGGGACAGUGGACUAGCCCCUGCUGAAAAAGUUUGCUGACCCCUGCUUUAAGGCAUCCCCAACAUCUGUCUGCAAAUAAUUCUAUUAUUAUUAUUAUUAUUAUUACUACAGGCCAUCAAUAUGCUAGAAAAUGCUCACGCAGGUAUGAGUAGACAAGGGGCAAGUACUUUUCUCUCUGAGCUAAUCUUGCAAAUAAGUACACAACUUUGUGAGCUUGGAGGAAGAAUAAAAGCAGACUCAGAGUUAAAUUCCUUGUGGUUAGAGCCAGGGUGAUACGUGCUAGAUUUUCAGUUAAGCGUACUUUGAGAAAUGUUUUGCAUGGUUGGUGCUAAACUUGCAUUUGUUGCUAAACUUUGCAACAAAGCUCAGGGAGAAAACAAAAGCAAAGUCACCCAGUCCCGUUGGGCUGGUUUAGAGCUGGCUACUGAACAACUUCUACCUAUCCUAAUUUUAUUGCCUAAUUGGGUUGGAAUGUUUGGCACGAAGGCUCUCUGUUUCGCUGUAGCAGUUAAACAGGGUGGUUGUUCAGCCUCGCAACCUUCAGGUCUGAUUCCUUUUCUCAGUGACGCUUGCCUAAAACUCUGAUCAUCUUAAAUUUCAUUGCCGCAAAACCUAGGUUCUGCAGCUGGAAUAAAUUGCACAGGAGUUUCUUCAUCAGUUGAUGGCUGGUUUGCAGGCAGAUCUGAGUCUGUUUCGUAUUGCAGAUGAAGGUCUUGAUAAACUUACUCUUUGCGUACCAAGUACUGUAACUGGCAUGUUUACUUCCAGUGUGCCUGUAGUGUAAGUCCACCUUCAGGUAUCAGGUAGAGGUGAGUCACUAAAGAUAAGCAGGAAUCCACAUGCCUGGGAUUUAGUUUCUGCCUCUUGAAGGCCCCAUUCUCUCUGAUCCUCGCUAUCCUGUCCAGGAUGAAAGAAACUAUACACAGAGACAGACUUGGGUCUGUCUGCUUGAUGGGAAAAUCAGACUGAUUUAAGAGCUGCAGCAAUUAAGUAAUAUGCAACUGGGGUGGAGAAUAGGGAUGUCAGGAGCAUCCCUGAUCAUAAGAUUUCAGGGCUCAAAGCUGAGACCUAAGGUAAUGUCAUUGGGGAGGGGGCAGACACUGAUGAUGUCACAGAGAUGAUGUCAUGGGAAUGCCACUAAGCACAACACAUCAAGCAUUAACCUGAAAGACCUACACUGGCUCCCAGUACAUUUCCGAGCACAAUUCAAAGUGUUGCUGACCUUUAAAGCCCUAAACGGCUUCGGCCCAGUAUACCUGAAGGAGCGUCUCCACCCCCAUCGUUCUGCCCGGACACUGAGGUCCAGCGCCGAGGGCCUUCUGGCAGUUCCCUUGCUGCAAGAAGCCAAGUUACAGGGAACCAGGCAGAGGGCCUUCUCGGUGGUGGCACUCGCCCUGUGGAACUGCCUCCCACCAGAUGUCAAGGAAAUAAACAACUACCAGACUUUUAGAAGACAUCUGAGGCAGCCCUGUUUAGGGAAGCUUUUAAUGUUUAACAGGCUCUUGUAUUUUAAUAUUUUGUUGGAAGCUGCCUAGCGUGGCUGGGGAAACCCAACCAGAUGGGUAGAGUAUUAUUAUUAUUAUUUUAUUAUUAUUAUUAUUAAGUGCAAUCACUAUGACCAUUUGCAGAGAUGGAGUCACCAAGCUACAGUUUUCAGAGAUCCCCUUGAAAAGGGGUUGACUAUUAAACUGCUUUAGGAAUCGUAUCUCUGCGGAGAGAAUAGGGGUCUCCUGAAAACAUUCAGCGCCCCUUAACAAAUGACAGCUCACAGAAUUAUUUGGCGUUCGCCAUGUCUGUUUAAAGUGGCAGUAGCUCUUGGGGCUUCAGGUUUCCCGGCCCUACGAAGAAGCCAUUGGGGGAUUGAACCCGGAACCUUUUGCAUGUGUGGACAGGAUCUUCCAUAGCCGAAGAAGCUGAGCAUGUGCAGAGACCUUGCCAGCUCCUAAUAGGACAGAAACUGGGUAGUGCACCAUCUUGGAGUGUUGGAAUCGGAUGGAGUGGGGAGUAGCCUGAAUUCCGAUCCUCCUUCAUCUUGCUAGGUGACCUUGAACUGACUCUUAUCCUCACGACGACCCUGCGAGCUGUGCCAGGCAAGCCCCAGGUACAUGCCUCUGCUGAGGCCAAUGAUAAUUAUAAUUUAUUACCUAUACCCCACCCAUCUGACUAGGUUGCCGCAGCCAUUCUUUUCUUAUUCUUUUUAAACAAAAUGUUUAUAACAAAAGAAAAGAUCAUCAGGCCACAUAAAUGAACAUAACCAGGUGUCUGGGGAUUGUAAAAUUCAUCACCCAGCUCUAUGAAUUAGCAAGAAGCCUUGCACUUUCCUUCAUCGGGGUACUGAAUACUCGUGGCGCAAAAAUGAUUUGAAGAGCAGGCAGCUGCUAAGAAGAUGCUAUUGGCUAAAGCCAUCAGCGGACCAAAACAGUCUCUUGGUGAUUACCCUAAAGAAAAGCUCUUUGCUGGACUAGGCUCUCAAGCACCUACAGCCUGCUGACAGUCUGUUAUUUGACAGCGAUUAGGGGGUUCCUGAAGGGACGUGGGUGGCGCUGUGGGUUAAACCACAGAGCCUAGGACUUGCUGAUCAGAAGGUCGGCGGUUCGAAUCCCCGCGACUGGGUGAGCUCCCGUUGCUCAGUCCCUGCUCCUGCCAACCUAGCAGUUCAAAAGCACAAAGUGCAAGGAGAUAAAUAGGUACCGCUCUGGCGGGAAGGUAAAUGGCGUUUCUGUGCGCUGCUCUGGUUCGCCAGAAGCGGCUUAGUCAUGCUGUCCACAUGACCCAGAAGCUGUACGCCGGCUCCCUCGGCCAGUAAAGCUAGAUGAGCGCCGCAACCCCAGAGGCAGUCACGACUGGACCUAAUGGUCAGGGGUCCCUUUAUGUUUAAGGUAGUCUCUGUGGAAGUAUAUUGUAUUUAAAAAUGUGGUAUCAGAGUUUUUAGGGGGCUAACCAGGUUGGGAUAGCUGGGAUAGUAGGCGUGUUGGUUUUUGAAUGUCUGAUGUAGAUUUUUUCAAUUUCGUUGUUCUGUAUGGGACACCGACAAUAAAGAUUAUCGUAUCGUAUCAUAAUUGAUAUUCAGAAACAUUGCUGCCUCCAACUGUGAAGGCAGAGCCAUCGUGGCUAUUAGAUAUGAGAGUCAUCUUCAAAUAUCUCAAGGGCUGUCACAUGGAAGAGGGAACCAGCUUGAUUUCUUCAGCUCUGGAGGGUAGGACUCAAACCCAUGGCUCAAGGAGAUUUUGACUAAAUAUCAGGAAGAACUUUCUGACAGGAAGAGCUGUUGGACAGUGGAAUGGUCUCCCUCAAGAGGUUGUUGACUCUCCUUCCUUGAAGGUUUUUUUAGCAGAGGUUGGAUGAAUAUCUGUCAGGGAUACUUUAGCUGAGAUUCCUGCAUUGCAGGGGGUUGGACUAGAUGACCCUCGGGAUCCCUUCCAACUCUACCAUUCUAUGAUUCCAUGGUGAAAAGGUAAAGGACCCAUGGGUGGUUAAGUCCACUCAAAGGCGACUAUGGGGUUGCGGCAUUCAUCUCACUUUCAGGCCGAGGGAGCUGGUGUUUGUCCGCAGACAGCUUUCUGGAUCAUGUGGCCAGCAGGACUAAACUGCUUCUGGCGCAACGGAACACUGUGACGGAAACCAGAGCGUACAGAAACACGGUUUACCUUCAGGGACCCCUGACCAUUAGGUCCAGUCGACUCUGGGGUUGCAGCACUCAUCUUGCUUUAUUGGCCGAGGGAGCCGGCAUACAGCUUCCGGGUCUUGUGGCCAGCAUGACUAAGCCGCUUCUGGCGAACCAGAGCAGCGCACUGAAGCACUGUUUACCUUCCCGCCACAGUGGUACCUAUUUAUCUACUUGCACUGGCGUGCUUUCGAACUGCUAGGUUGGCAGGAGCUGGGACCGAGCAAUGGGAGCUCACCCCGUCACAGGGAUUCUGUGAUAGCCCUCUCCUCCAUGAAUCUAUCCUUAUCGUUAAUGGCAGGGAAGGAUAAACUGUAGAGUGAGCAUACUUUUAAUCAAAUCAAUCAUGGGUGGGGUGAAGUGAUGAGUCACCGUUUCGCAGCGUGAGCUGUUGCCACGAACCUCGCAGGACUGUUGUGAGGAGGGCUUCAGCCGGGCAGUGCUUGUCGUGCCAAUGCGCCAUUGGUGCAUUGUAAGUAAACUGUGUAGGGCAAAUACACUUUCUUAACAUGAAUGGGGAGCAUUUGAUUUGAGUCAUGGGCGUGUCGAGGCCUGAGUGAGUCAUAUUUGCACAGAGCUUUCGCCCAAAGCCACAGACAACGGCUGUGUGUUUUCCCAAAGUGGAUGCUAUGGCAAUUUCCCUGAAUAUCUCUUUGAAAGGGCGUGUUCGUGCGUGUUUUGUAGGCUUUCUAUGAAGUUUGUGGGUCUCUCUCUUUUCUUAUUUGGCCAGCUUUCAGGGGAGUGUACCCUCUCAGAAAGACAGCUCUGUUUGUGUUAAGAAGUGGGGGGGAAACCUGAAAUAUGUUCCUGGGCGGUCUUCGCUUCUUGUUCCAAGAUGAGUCAACAUCAUGUGUAUACUCAGAACACAGACGGAAAUGAAUUGGUAGCAGAUCUGGAUGGCUCACUGCUAGAAAGCAGGGAGAAAUUCCAUUCGGUUUGCAUUUAAAGGCAAACCUACCUAAUUCUCACUUUUCGAAACAACACAAGUGCUGAAAAACUAGAGAACUGAAAAACACCCGUCCUUUGAAACUGGUGCAAUUCUGGAUUUUGCAAUGCCCUUCUGCAGCCCAGUAAUGUGCAGGUGCUGCAGUAAAGUCUUUAUGAAGAUGUACACAGUGAAAAGAAAACACAAACAUGCUUUAUAUUAGGCAAAAUGGCAAUGGUGGAACUCUCUGUCACAAGAGACAAGGGCCCUGCAGGACUUGACAUCUUUCCACAGGGCCUGCAAGACAGAGCUGUUCCACCAGGCCUUUGGUCAGGGCGCAGCCUGACUCCCUCCUUUGGCAAUCUUUACAAAACUUUAGUUUAUGGUUGCCAUCAAUUUUGAUUUUAAUUAAUUUUUAUAAUGUUUUUAUAAUGUUGCACUAUUUUAGUGUUGUUAGCCGCCCUGAGCCCGGCUAUUAUUAUUAUUAUUAUUAAGUAAACAUUUAAAGAAGUUUGCACUCCAACGCUGGUGAAUUUACAUGAGCACUUGAAAGCAACAACUGGAUUCUGAGAUUUUUCUUUGCCCAAAAAUAAGUAAAUCCCAGCCUUUAUCAAGCUGGUGCUUCUCAGAUGUUUGGGACUACAACUUCCAUCAGCCAGUGGAAUCUAUGGCUGCUGCCUUGCACUCACCUGUUCUCUUUUUCUGUUUUGUUUCAGGAAGAUGUCUGACGGCUUUUCAGUAAGUAUCUGCUCUCCUGAUGCAGUAGUGCUUUUGAUGCCAAUUUUAAAAAGGAUUAGUGUUGUUGCUGUGACCUGAGACCCUCACCUGAUCUUGGCCUGAGAAAGCGGGGCCCUUUCUGUAUCAUCAAGAAAGCACCAGCCACGGUUUCAGCUGAGACAUUUAAUUGCACGUUUAGUCAAAACCCAGUUAAAACUAUAUAUCGGGGUUUUUUUCCAUCUAUAAGACACCCCAUGUAUAAGACGGCCCCUAUUUUGGGGGCAACAACCGAUCACCAGUCCACCCUUGGCAUUAUCUGUGUAUAAGAUGCCCAUUGAUUUUUGACAUUACAGUGGUACCUCUAGUUACGGACUCGAUCCAUUCUGGGGUGCUCUGAAAAUUCCACAACUGGGCGUGGCAUGAUAGAGUGCUUCCGCAACUAGUGCAGCGUGCUUCCGUGCAUGCACGCAUGGCAAGACCUAGAGCGCAUCCUGCAGCAUGGUAGGACUUAUCUUUCCAUCUCUGGGCUACUGGCAUGUGCACGCUGUCGUUGCAGAAUUAAAAGUCUGCUACUUUGGAAUAUCUGCACCUAUCUUUCCUAAUAAAAAAGCCUCUGGGUUUUAUUUUUACAAAAGUUAAUUUGAAUUUCCCCCCCAUCUCAUUAUACAGUGGACGCUUGGGUUGCGAACGUGAUCCAUGUAGGAUGCACGUUCGCAACCCACAGCACUGGGUCUGCGCGUGCGUGGAUUGCCAUUCGGCGCUUCUGUGCAUGCACAAAGUGGUUUGCACUUGCGCAUGCGCGACUCGAUCCGAGUAACCUAUUCCGGUACUUCCGGGAUUCGACGGGUCUGUAACACGUAAAAACACAAACUGAAGCGUCUGUAACCCGAGGUAUGAGUGUAUAUCGUUUCCCAGAAUGCUUUUAUUACCUUACAAGGCCACCGUAUAUGAUUUUUCUUUACAUUUCCAGCAAAUAUUUGGACUUCUUAUACAUUUUUGCUAACUGUUGCUUUGUUCUCUACACAGUUGUCUGAUGCCCUGUCCGGGGGCGCCAACAACCCGAACGCCAACCCAAAUGCCCAGCCAAACCCUUGGGGAAAUCAGCCCGGCACUUUCCCAGGAUAUCCCGGAGCGUUCCCCGGCCCAUAUCCUGGAGCACCCGGCGCAUACCCAGGGGCCCCUGGCGCGUAUCCUGGAGCACCCGGCGCAUAUCCAGGGGCCCCCGGUGCAUAUCCUGGGGCCCCACAAGCAGGUGGCGGAUACCCUGGAGGCCCACCCCAGCCAGGCGGAUUUCCCAGCGCACCUGGAAUGGUUCCACCAGGUGCCUCCGGCAUGUAUCCUGGCCCCGGACAGCCCCCAAGUGGCGGAGGAGCACAGCCGACCGCACCGCAGGGUGGAGCUGGAUUCCCAUCUUCCGUUCCGUCCGGAGGAGCACCUUCCGGCCCGUUGGUGAGAAACUUGCUUGUUUGCGUGUGCGUCUAGGCUAGGAAAUCUCUCUCUCUGAUCUGUCUUAUAUCAGAAAACGUAUACACUGCAUUGACGGUAAGCAAUAACAGCAAAAGCGGCUUGCAAGAUUUAGGGUUCUGUGUCUUUUUAAAAAAGGAAACGUAUACCCUUUGUUCACAGAACGAGAAGUUACUCCUGGAUGAAGCUGUGAAUAGGAUCAGUUUGCAAUAUUCCCUAUAGAUAGGUUUUUUCUUCUGGACACCAGUUGCCCACUCAAAACUCCAUUCCACAGAAUGCUGUAUUAUUUUACUGUUGUUAGCCACUCUGAGCCCGGCUUCAGCUGGGGAGGGCAGGAUAUAAAUAACUAUUAUUAUUAUUAUUAUUAUUAUUAUUAUUAUUAUUACAUGAGUUCCUCAGCUUAAGGCAAAGAUCUGAGGGUUGGUGGAAUUAAAUUAAACUAGCCAGAGUCAUUACAUUAUUAUUAUUAAUUUGUACCCCACUUUUAUAUACUGAUUUGUAUACCACUUCUAUGCCCAAAUGUCUUAUAUAUUUCUCUCUGGUCCCAUAGAACAGAGAGACACCUGACCAAAAUUGCUGUGAAAAUAAUAUUUUUUGAUGAUUGCACCAAGGUUUAUUUUCUCUCUAACUUAUUAGUUGUGGCUUUAAACAGUUAUUCUAUUUUACCUAUAUUUUGGUGAUUUGUUUAUAUUUUAUAUAUUAUGAGCUGCUUUGAGGUUGUCUCCCAGGUCCUAGACCAGUGGUUCCGAAGCUUUUUUUUCCCCUCUGGGCCACACUUUCAGAAGAAAAAAUUGCUCACACCCCACCAAAUUUCCCCUUGAUAAGGAAUACAUUGGGAGGGAACUAUUCCUAGCAGUGCUUGAUUCAUAACAUAGAACACAACUAUGAUCAUGAGAUGUCCAGAAAGUACAAAACAAUGCAGCUACAUAAGAACAUGCAACAUUCCCAAAAUAAUUAUAAUUGAGCCCCUUACAUAUGUACCUUAUGUAUACAAACUCAACGGGAGGUGUGCUCUUGCUUUUGCCGGGUAGUCUCACUUACAUUAGGUCUAAUUUGAGGCAAACAAACUUCCACCUCCACAUCAACACAAAGAAGUCUUUCUCUAUUCUGAUCUUGAAAAUCGCUGUUCACAACAAUACACUGUGCAGAACUAUAGCCAAUGGGUUGCUGACGCUCUUGCUCUGAGUUUGGAAAGACAACUAUCCGCUAUUUCUGCAAAUAAAUAAAAAAAUAUUUUGAUACUAUACACUGAAAUGUUCACAUGUUCCUGUGAUUGUCCUUGAAUCUUCCUGCCACACCCUUUGAGACCCACUGCCCUCGACCAAAACCCUGAACAUUAUACCAUCUUUUGCAGAAAGUUCCCUGUGACAUCCCACUGCCGGCAGGACUCCAGCCUCGCACUUUAUUGACCAUUGUCGGGACGGUGAAUCCAAGGGCAAGCUGGUAAAGAUGGAAUAUAAUAAUAAUUUAUUAUUUAUACCCCGCCCAUCUGGCUGAGUUUCCCCAGCCACUCUGGGCAGCUGGAAAAGGGAUUGGGGGUGCGCGGGGGUGUUCCAGUUUUCUGUAGGAGGGGAUUGCAUGUUUGGGGCCGAAUUACGGCUGUGGUGUCUCCCUCUUACUCAUGGGUAGGCAAACUAAGGCCCGGGGGCCGGAUCCAGCCCAAUCACCUUCUCAAUCCGGCCCGCGGACGGUCUGGAAAUCUGCGUGUUUUUGCAUGAGUGGAAUGUGUCCUUUUAUUUAAAAUAUAUCUCUGGGUUAUUUGUGGGGCCUGCCUGGUGUUUUUACAUGAAUAGAAUGUGUCCUUUUAUUUAAAAUGCAUCUCUGGGUUAUUUGUGGGGCAUAGGAAUUCAUUCAUUUCCUCACAAAACAAAUAUAGUCUGGCCCCCCCACAAAGUCUGAGGGACUGCAAAACUGUGUUUAUUAUUAUUUGAAAAGCUAUCCAGGAACUCUGUGACAGUCAAAUUCUCAGCUGAAAAAGAGCUACAAAUUGCACACCUAUCAGCCAAAUUUGCUCUGGCAGCUAAGAAGUUCUGUUCCAGCUCUGUUAAUGCUUUCUAAUUUUAAAUUUUUAUGCUGUACAUUUUUCAUGCUGAAAAUGUUUCUAGGUUAGGUUGUGCAAUUUCAGAGGAAAGCCUUGCUCUUGCCCUCUGCUGUACAUUGUAAAGACCUUUGGCUGUAUGCAAUAAAUUGAUUAUUCUUUAAGGGGAUUUGUUGGACCCUGGGAGAACACUGUGACUCUCAUAACAGUGGUCUCAAUUCCUGGCUCCCGCUGUGUGAUUUAUGAUCAAAUGUUGAGACAUUCCUCAGGAGAUGGUUACCGCUUGUGUCUCCCUGUUGCAGCAUUAAAGUGGAUUUGAAGAAGGGCAAUGACAUCGCCCUCCACUUCAACCCCCGCUUCAAUGAAGAUGGCAGGAAAGUUAUUGUUUGCAACACCAUGCUUCAUAACACCUGGGGGAAGGAAGACCGGACGGCCCCCAGGUUCCCUUUCGAGGCUGGCAAACCUUUCAAGGUAAAGGGGGCACAGGGAAAUGGGGUUCUCUCUCUUAACUGAAGCAGAAGCGAGAUGAAUGAGUUAAACGUUUGUGCUGUACAGUGGAUGCUCAGGUUGCGAACGUGAUCCGUGCGGGAUGCACGUUCGCAACCUGCAGCGGCGCAUCUGUGCACGUGCGGGUUGCGAUUAGGUGCUUCUGCGCAUGCACAAAGCGCAAUUUAGCACUUCUGUGCAUGUGUGACCGCCAAAACCUGGAAGUAACCCGUUCCAGUACUUCCGAGUUUCGGCAGUCCAUAACCUGAAAAAACGCAACAUGAAGCACCUGUAACCCGAGGUAUGACUGUAUAAUGGAAGCACUGGCUAAAAUUGAUGUUUAAAUGAUAGGCAGCUUACUUUACCAUUAAAAUUAAUUGCCGCAUUUCCACAAAGAGCUGUGCCUAAAGCAGUGAACGACAACUUCCAUCAGCCCUACAAAGCAUGGCCACGGAAGUUGCAGGUCCCCACACCUGAUCUAAAUCCACAAAAAUUACAUCUGCUUCUGGACCACUCUGUUUCAUUACACCGUAAGCCUGCCACCGUAUUUCUGCAUCGCCUCUAGUAAACAUCCAUCAUUCAGUCAGCAACAUAUGCAUUUCAGCAGCAGUCUUGCUUAGUGGUUAUAGCAGUAAGAAUAGAAGAUGACCACAACCUAGAUUGGAUGGUUUCAGCCUCCCGACCAGAUGUUUCUGGCAAGACCACAAGCACCCAGUAUUUAACAUUUACACUUUUUUUGUUUUAAGUGUUCAGAGAAUGCAAGUGUGUGGCCUCUAUCAACUCUAGUCUCAUUUUCCAUUUAUUUGCAUAUUUGAUGCAUUAUUUGUGUAUUUGAUGAUAUAUAAUCAACAAAUACUGAGGGUAAGGGGUUUGCAAACUCCUGCCGUGUGAGCUGUGUCAUCUUCAAAACUACAGCUUUGACUUCAAAUUAGGGGUAGUGAGCUGUACAUUUAGUAAAACCACCAUUUACCACAUCCUGUACCAGAACCAGGAUUCCACGACUUGACUGUACAAAAUUGCAUCAGCAGCUAACCGUGUGAUGACUCUUCCGCACAGGAAAACAGCUUUUUUAGGUAUAAAAAAAAGGCAUUUAUAGACUGCUUAAUAAUCAUUUCUAAGAGGGGUACAUAAAACAAACCAUACAAAGGAUAGAACAAUUAAAAACCACCAUAAAACUAAAUACCAGCAUGUAAUGCCUGCUGGAAGAAGAGUCUUUGCUGUGUGCAGCAAGGAGGUUGCCUACCUAAUCCCAAGUGGGAGGGAGUUCCACAGGCUUAGACCUGCAGCAGUGGUUUACGGACUUGAUUCAAGAGUAGAGCCACUGAAAUUAAUGCAAGUUAAGUUAGUCAUGGCCAUUAAUUUCAAUGAGUUUACUCUUAGUAAACGUUAGCUGAAUAUAGCCCUAAGCUUUGAUGUGCUAGGAAGUGCUAGGAAGCCACGCUCUGUUCAAAGAAUUUGGAACUUAAGUUAAUCUCUGCUCACAGCCUCUGCCAAUCUGCUUUCCUGGUUCUUUCAAUGUUUUGAACGCCUCUCCUUUUCCAGAUUCAGAUUCUGUGUGAAGCGGAUCACCUGAAGAUAGCAGUCAACGAUGCUCAUUUGAUGCAGUAUAACCACCGCAUCAAGGAGCUAAACCAGAUCAACAAGCUGUGCCUCAACGGCGACAUCACCCUCACCAGUGUCACACCAACAACCAUCUAACCCAAGGCUGCAGCAACCCAAUACGCCAACUCUGCGUGCAUUAAAACAGCAGCUUUCGUUUUUCUAAAAAGAUGUCCGGCUGGCUUCACUUUGUAGGGUAAAGUUUAAUAAAAAUAUAUAUACGCAGGACCAGUCAAGGAGAGGCUGAGUGUCAUAUGUAAGUCCUCACAAGCAGGUUUCUAGUCCUUAUGGGCACCAGAGGGUUAGAAAGGGUGUUGGCAAUGGAGGGAGGAUGGAGUGGGGAUGCAGCUGAGCAGGACUGCUAGGAGUGAGGGUUUCUGAUUUUUAUUAGUAAAGUUUUAAAAGCUAAAGGUCCAUCAGAUAUUCAAGCAAAGGGGGAAGGGGGUGAGAGAAACAUUUCAAAACUUAUGAGUAUAGGAGUACUGCCACCUUCAGAAGUCCUAAGGUCCAACAUUGAUGAAUAAUGAUACCAAUUCAGUUUGGACUUGUGGGUGACCAUACCCAAACGGUUGGGAACCAGCGGACUUGAAGUGGUGCGCACCAAACUUAACAUUAUCAUGCUUAUUAAAUUUGGGUACAGCCUUUCAUCAGUAGAAUCCCAGGGGAGUUCAUAACAGAAUCACCUCGCCCCAACAGCGUUCUGUCUUACCGGCAUACCUCAGGCAAAAAACCUCCCAAACAAUACUGCUUUUAUUUGGACUACAGCAAACUCUGCUGUGUACCCUUUCGUGGACCCCAGGUGUAUGUGUAGCAAACUUUGGGAAACUGGCCCAGAGGAUGGGCAGGGUUCGUUUUACAGCUGUAGCCUUAUUAGACUUUACCGACUGGUGGGGUCUGCGUUGCUCCCGGGAGGGAGAAAGGAAGCCAAAUGACACCGAGGUUGAUUUAGAGAGUUUAUUCUGCUCUCCAGAUAGCCGAAGGCACUGCGUGAAUCGGUUCACCGCAAGCACAAAAGCAAGAGAAAUUUCAUGCAGUAUACGUAUCCUCCAGGCACCCUCUCCUUCUGUCCCCAGGAAUCCAGCCACGUCACGGAAGUUGACAUACAUGACCAUAAACAGAUGUUCCUGUUCCGGUACUCUUGACCAUAAAAGGGUCUUCCUGUUCCUAUACUCUUAUCUUGGGGCAAGAAGGUCACCAACUAUAAGAGCACUCCUGGCGCCGUUCCCGGGUCUCUUGUCAGACCUUACAAAGUUUGUGCGUCAUUGUGGUCAGGAUGUAAGUUAAGACCCAGAUGUGCCAUCCCUGCUUUACUUUGGAACUGGCAAGGCCAUCCAUUGCCGUCACGGACUGAUAAAGGAGAGGGCUUGUUUAUACAGCUGGGCUUCUGUUUAUACAUUGGCUCAAGAGCUCGUUAAUGAAUUUUAGAAAUGCUCCCUUGGAGAAGGAAAAUGGGGAUUUUGGGUCCCGUUUCGGACUGACUGCACAGAAACCCAUUCCUUAACUUCCUCUUAUAGAACCACAAGAGGCUGUGAUCUUCCUCCCUAGAAGUGGAGGUGACAGGCAGAGGAAGGCAGAAUCCUGUGAACAGAAUGUCCUCCAAUCAAAUCUGGCAAAUCACAGCAUAAACUAGGUUAAAAAGCAACAACCCACAGAGCUUUCUUAUUCACAUGAACUGUGCAGGUCACACAUUUUCCUGGCCCAGAUUAACCAGAGGCAUUUUCUUUUAUUCUUUUCCCACCGCUGCAUACAGCACAGAAUACUCCCCGCCCAGCUUGUUACAAUACAGGACAGGUCUGAGCUGAAACAGAAAUAGAUUUCCCCCAACACAGUUCUGGAUCAUAGUUGAUUUUGGGAGGGAAGAGGGAUUAUGGAUGAGGAAAGAUGUUAAAGAACCCACACAGAUGAUACUGAAAGGCAACUCAGAAGACACAGACCAAACUUUAAUAAACAUUUAAUAGUAGUACUUAAUAGCACAAAAAACCACAGUAAAUUUCCUUUUACCCACUCCCCCCACCCACCCCGGUUUGUAAAUAAAAAUCAAUCUUAUUCUGCCCCUUCUGAUUAAGUAAGUGGAGAGAAAACAAUGAGGUCGUUGCUUGGGUUGGCCACAAAUUUCUCCGCCUGGUUCCUCGGAGUGACGAAAAGGCUUUCAUCCAGACUGGGCUGUGGGGAACAAAUAAGGAAGGUUAUAUAAUAUAAUAUAGACAGGAAAGCAGUAAAUAAAUCAUGUCCAUGGAAAUCAGGUGCAUGUUGUACACUGCUGAAAAAUUCAAACUUUUGGAAGGAGGCGAGAAAUCUGCUCUCCUGCUUUAGGAAGAAACUUUAUGGCAGCAAAAGCAGUUUGACAGCAUAAUGGACUCUCUCAUAAAGUGAUGAGCUCUCCAUCAUUCAAAGUUUUUAAGCAGAGGCUGGAUGGUCACCUGAUGCUUUAAUUGUGAUUCCUACACUGCAAGGGGUUACUCCUUUCGGUCCCUUUCUAACUCUACAAUUCUAUGACCUGCACUUCCCCUCUUAUUUCAAGACAGAAUAUACAUUCAUCUGCCUCCUCUCAAUAAUAAAGGUAAAGGUACCCCUGCCCGUACGGGCCAGUCGUGACCAACUCUGGGGUUGCGCGCCCAUCUCGCUUAAGAGGCCGGGGGCCAGCGCUGUCCGGAGACACUUCCAGGUCACGUGGCCAGCGUGACGAAGCUGCUCUGGCGUGCCAGCACCAGCGCAGCACACGGAGACGCCGUUUACCUUCCCGCUAUAAAGCGGUACCUAUUUAUCUACUUGCACUUUGAUGCGCUUUCGAACUGCUAGGUGGGCAGGAGCUGGGACCGAUCGACAGGAGCUCACCCCGCCGCGGGGAUUCGAACCGCCGGCCAUAGUCCUAGGCACUGAGGUUUUACCCACAGCGCCACCCGCGUCCCUCUCAAUAACAGCCAAGUGAUAAAAGACUGACAAGUGCUUUCACAAACAGCAUCCAAGCUCUUUUCAUUGCUGCAUGCCUUACACCCACUUCACACUUGCAUGCAUGCAUGCAAUGAACGGCUUCCUUAGCAGAAGUGACUCAGAGGCUUCUUGCUUAAUGGCAACUGCCUCCAGGGCUUUCAAAAAAGUGACCUAACCGGUUAGAGCAGCAAACAGCCUAAAAGGGAGAUCAAGGAUCCUCCCACCGAAUUUAGCGAUACCAUCUGACAGAUAGAUAGUUAUCAUAAACGGCAGCGGUAGCGUUACAGUUGCUUGUCAUAAGCAGAAGUAGUUCCCGUGUGGAUUAGAAGAACGUAAUACGCUGAAUUGCCUCAUUGCCCAGCCUUAAGAGAAGUUAGUUACCCUAACUUUCCCCUAGGCUUUUGAUCUGCCAAAGUAAUGAAGGUGACAAAUAAGGCUGAGUGAUAUAUCAUUGUAUUGUCCAAAACUGGUUUGAAGUCCAGAUUGUGAUAUCGGUUUCAUAACUUUUGACCUGGCAAUAUAUUGUGAAUCGUGUGUGCAUGCAUGCGCUAUACAAAAAAAUCACAAUGUGGGGAAAACUGUGAAGCCAGCUAUGGGAGGGGAAGUAAACUGCAUUUACUUAACAUUCCCCACCCCACCCCCAAUUGUUGAAUUUAGAUUCUAGGCUGCUUUGGGGCAGGGACCUGGCCAUUUGUCUUCAUGAAGUUGUCAAGUGCUUUUCAAAUAAAGAGUCAAGAAGCUGGAU